AUGAAAUCUUUCGUCGCAGUACUGUGCCUGGUGGCAUGUGUGGCAGCUGAAGAAAACGCACGCGAAAAACGCGGCUACCUCGGAGGGCUGCACUCCGGCGGUUUUGGAGGUGGCUUGUCGCUCGGCGGAGGCUACUCCGGCCACAGCAGCUCUUCUGGCUUAGGCGGUUACUCUGGUUCAAGCGGGUACUCCGUGCCCUCAGCUCAAGUUGUCUCCGUCAGCAAAGUUGUGAACGUCCCUAAAGUUGUGAGCGUUCCACAAGUAGUCAACGUAAACAAGGUCGUCUCCGUGCCCCAAGUUGUAACAGUGAACAGAUUAGUUUCCUCCGGCAGUGGAUAUAGCGGCGGAUUCGGAAGCGGACUUGGUGGCGGACACAGCGGUGGAUACAGCGGCGGAUACAGCGGCGGAUACAGCGGCGGAUUCGGAAUUGGACACGGUGGUUACUCUGGUGGCCACUCCAAUGGCUGGUAA